GGGCGGAAUACUUUUCUUGGGGGUUGAAGGAAGAGUGGAGGCACGGCGGAUAAGAGGGAGGAGAGAGGAGGCCGAGGCCGUGGUUACUACGCACGCGAGAGAAUGGCACGGCGUGGCGCGAGCGAGCGAGCGAUUGCGUUUCUGCCUGGCUCUUGGGCGACAUGCCUGAGUGCGGAGGAGCGGCAUUGCCAGGCAGCAGGAGCAAGACGACGAGACGAGGCGCGCAGCUGUGCCUGUCCCGCCUGUCGAAAAAAAAGACGACCAGAACUGCGUUCGGGAACCAACACGCUCGCAUACCCACCGACCUAUCUGCACCACAGAACCCGCGGCUCCACAACCAACAAACCAACAUCAAACAAUCAAACAAACCUCUCUACUCCGCUCCUCCGGACGAACACCAUGUAAAGACGAUACAACACAGAACUCACAUACAACCUAGGUAAUCUGGACGGACCUGCUGUACGAUACGAGACGAGACGUAGCUAGGCGCUGUAGAGCUGCUGUAUACUUGAAUGAAAGCUUGGACACGAGUGCGCGGAGUGGGAAUGCGACGUCUGUUGUGU